AUAAACCCUCAUUCGCCGUCCAACCCUACGAUUGUUUCUUCUCUUUAAGCAAAAACCCUACCUCGUGACUGCGCCUCGCCGCUCAUUGCCGAUCCCAUGGGGGCUUAUAAGUAUGUGUCGGAGCUAUGGAGGAAGAAGCAGUCCGAUGUGAUGAGGUUCCUGCAGAGGGUGAGGUGUUGGGAGUACCGCCAGCACCCUUCCAUUGUUCGUGUUACCCGGCCAACUCGCCCUGACAAAGCUCGCCGUUUGGGUUACAAGGCAAAGCAGGGUUAUGUAGUUUAUCGUGUUCGUGUUAGGCGUGGUGGUCGGAAGAGGCCUGUUCCGAAGGGUAUUGUGUAUGGGAAGCCCACAAACCAGGGUGUAACUCAACUGAAGUUUCAGCGCAGCAAGAGGUCAGUUGCAGAGGAACGUGCUGGCCGGAAGCUGGGAGGUCUCAGGGUUGUGAAUUCAUACUGGCUUAAUGAGGAUUCAACUUAUAAGUACUAUGAGGUGAUCCUGGUUGAUGUUGCUCAUAAUGCCGUCCGAAAUGACCCAAGAAUCAACUGGAUCUGCAAUCCUGUCCACAAGCACAGGGAGCUUCGUGGUCUUACUUCUGCUGGGAAAAAAUACAGGGGACUGCGUGGAAAGGGACACCGCCACCACAAGCAACGACCUUCUCGCAGGGCAAACUGGAAGAGAAACAACACCCUUUCUCUCCGUCGUUACCGUUGAUCCUAGUUACGGCCUGUUGUGUUUUCCAUCAUUUUCUGGACAUUUACUUAGAGGAAACAUUAGUGGUUAUUUGGAGUUUGAAAUUUUGGAGAUUAAAAUAUUUGAAAUCGUGUUCCAAGUUAAAAUUCGACCAAGUUGCUUGAGUUUUGGACUCUGCAUAUCAUUGAGUUGCUUAAUGCUUAAUAUAUGUUUGCUCGUUCAUUGCAUGA